AUGCGAUCAUAAAAGAGGGAGAGCACAUGUUCACGUGCCCAUCAACCCUCUCUAUCUAUCUCUAUCUUCCAACCUGUGAAACUGAACUGAAUGUGGGGCUUGUGUGAGAGGGUUGCUUAUUUGCAUAAGAAAAGCAUGACAUCAAAAGCGUUUCAUUUCUAAACUCCCCAACCUUUAUUCAUUCCCACAAAACCAGCCUCAUCAUCCUCAAUAUCGUUGUGUGGUCCCCACCCCAUGUGUCGCAAAAACCAUCCUCAUCCAUUAGGUACCUUUCUCUUAAAUCAUCAUGCAUAUUACAUAGUUGCAUACACAUAGGUACACAUACAUUGAUCCCAGAAAUCCAAAGUCCCAUAUUAUCUGACCGCUACUUUUUUUCCAAAUAUCACGAAAACGUGCGAAAGAAGAGCAAAGGAAAGCAAAAAGCAGAAGAUAAAGUAAGAAAAGGCUCAAAUGAAAAAUAGUUUGUACUAAAAUGAUGCACGAGACGUACAUAGAAAAUUGAGCACAAAGUGGUGUUGUUCAUGGAUAGCAGAGAUUCAUCAUCGGGGUCUCAGCACCCACACCUUCCUCCAGGGUUUCGGUUCCACCCCACCGAUGAAGAGCUCGUGGUUCACUACCUCAAGAGAAAAGCUGCUUCUGCACCCCUUCCCGUCGCCAUCAUCGCCGAUGUUGAUCUCUACAAGUUCGACCCUUGGGAGCUCCCAAGUAAAGCAACUUUUGGUGAGCAAGAGUGGUACUUUUUCAGCCCAAGGGAUAGAAAAUACCCAAAUGGGGCUAGGCCCAAUAGAGCUGCUACUUCUGGGUAUUGGAAGGCCACUGGAACUGACAAGCCUAUAUUAACAACAUAUGGGCACCACAAAGUUGGAGUUAAGAAAGCACUUGUUUUUUAUGGUGGAAAGCCUCCAAAAGGGGUUAAAACCAAUUGGAUCAUGCAUGAGUAUAGGCUUGUUGAUGAUUCCUUUAAUUCAAGCUCAAAACCGCCUCCUCUGGUUCCUCAUAACAAGAAAAAUUCCCUGAGGCUGGACGAUUGGGUUUUGUGCCGAAUAUACAAGAAAAGCAACAACACCACCCUACCAAGGCCACCCAUGAUGGAGCAUGAAGAGGAGCUUUCAAUGGACAACAUGCUACCAACGAUGUCAACGUUGUCAAUGGCUAACAACAAAAUGCAAAACCCUAAACCUCCCUCGAGGAGCACGAGUUAUGGUCCACUAGGACUUGAAAAUGAUGACAACUUCUUCGAGGGAGUCUUGGCCGUGGAUCAAAGCAUGCAAAAUGGUUCUGAUUCUCACAUUUUCUCUCCAAACUCAAAGGGUGAUAAUAAUAAUAACAACAACAAUAAUGCUAGCAACUUUCCUAUCAAACGUGCACUGAUCACAUCACAACUUUGGAACGAGACAGGGUCUCCGGGGUCUUCUUCUUCGUGCAAGCGAUUUCAUGGUGAUCUUAAUUGUGGAUGCAGCAAUGCUGAGGACAAUAAUGAUUCCUUUAUUUCCCUGCUAAGCCAGUUUCCUCAGAACGCAACUUUUCAGCCAAACGCGAUUCAUGGGUCCGUUGAGGAUGAUGGUGCGCCGAGGCAACAAUUUCAUCUUCAUGGCAUAAAUUGGAACUGAUUAAUCAAUAGUGUGCUUUAGCUUAGUUUACUUUACACACACAUGAAAAUUAAAUGUAACUACCAUUAAUUAUAGACUUCUUCAUGCAGGUCUUAGUAUUUUUCACUUUCCUUCUACUGUAUUCAUAACACAAAAUAGGAAGAGAUCGAGACUAUAGGCAUGGAGUACUAUAUAUAUGUUGAACUUGAAGCUUACAACAUUAAUUAUACUAGAUUAAAUUGGAUACAA